AUGUCGGCCACAGACGGGCGGCGGAAGAUGGUGCCUGGUAAGGCGCCGGUUCCGACGAAGAAGAAGGGCGUAGUGAAGGAAACAAGAGACGAAGAACUGGCGAUGUUUGCUGAGAUGCACAAACGCGAAAAGGAUCGGCUCGUCAGUCUUCUUCAGCCAGUUUCUGAUGAUUCUAUUGAUGGUUACUCAUUGUACCAUAGAUUAUCUACAGCACAUGGGAAUUUACCAAAAGGACCGUCACAUUCGUCUUUAGGAUACGAGUUUCUUGCUGAGAAAGUUGAUAGUAAAAACGACUAUGACUGGUUAAAGACUCCACCAGCGACGCCUCUAUUUCCAUCGCUAGAGACAGAUGCUAUUAAUGGGCACACUCUAGUUGUUCAACGUGAACUCCCAAUUCUCCAGCCCCUUUCAAGAUUUUCAGGUAAUUAUUCAUCGAAAACAACACCAACAAAAACAAUAAUUGACGACACAUCAUUGGCUACAAAAGUGAAAGCUCCUCCGAGGCUAAGAUCCGUCACACCAACACCAAGGGUUCCAACAAAUUCAUCCUCGUCUCAAGAAAGAAAUGUCAAUAUUAAUACUUUUUCAAAUUCAAAACUAUCAAUUGGAAACACUCAAAAGCUGAACAAAUCAAUGGACAAUAACAACACCAAUGGAAAGCUAAAGCAAAUGAGCAACAUGAUCAAUGGCACAAGUCUUUCCAAAAGCAUGGGGGAAGAAAAAUCAUUAACAAAUGGAUCAGGGGUAAAACCGACAAUUCCCACUAGUAAUAUAAGGACAUCGACCCGAUCGUAUUCUACAUCAAGGGAUCGACCCGUGGGAUCCAAAACUACAACAGGAGUAGCAAUUAUCAAUCAAAAGACAACAGUUCUAGGUCAAAAGACGGGAUCUUAUUGCGAUGACACAAAUAACAAUAUCCGAAAACCUACAAUGAAGAGCAGACAAUCAUGCUCUCCAAGUGUGACCAGGGGACGUAAACCAGCAGCUACCGAACAAGCUAAGCCAGACAACAUUAAUAAGACUAAUGGUACCAUUGGCCGAAACGGUACCCAAUUUAUGGGUAGUAGGAUGGUUGACAAGUUUAUGAAUGCUAGAAAUAUGAAGUCUGGACGACCCUAA